AUGGCGAGGUUCCUGGAGACCACCAGAUUUUCACGGACCCUGCAACACGUGACCGAGUCCAUGGAAUCCCUCAGCAGCUUACGGUGCUUCGGAGUUGUGGAGCGCUUCUGCAAUCACUUCUGCCAUCUGACGGACUACCAUCUGAAGGGUUACGCCACAUUCUGCGCCUAUUAUCGGUUCAGCAGGACUCUUGGAAACCUCUGCGGCUUUGCUGUAGUUCUGGCCUCGAUCCUUUUCAUGUUAUGGAACUUUUCCGGUGGGGACAGCGCAUCGUCCAGUGGUCUUGGUCUAGCUCUAAGCGCAUCUCUGUCGAUACCACAAACCAUUGUGUCUUUGAACUUUGUGAUCUUCAUCGGACCGCAAUUGUUGGUUUGCUUUGAGCGGGGAUUGCAGUACACUGAGCUCCCUGAAGAGGAUGGCGCCAAACAGGAAAGCAAUGACAAAAACUUCAAAAUGGAGAAUGAAAAACAUAUCGAUAAUAAUUGGCCAACAAAUGGCCGGGUGGAAUUCGAGAACUACUGCGCAUCCUACAGGCCAGGAGUCCUAUCCAACGUCUUGAAAGGAAUUACACUCUUAAUUGAACCCUGCCAAAAGGUCGGAGUUGUCGGAAGAACAGGGGCCGGUAAAUCCUCCCUAGUGCUGGCGCUACUGCGGAUACUUAAAACUACGAGUGGCAACAUUCGCAUCGAUGGCAUUGAUAUUGGCACAGUACCGCUGUGCAAAUUGCGUUCCUCACUUACGGUCAUUCCUCAGGACCCUAAUCUGGUGAGAGGCACCUUGCGCAGCAAUUUGGACCCGACGGGAAUACACAACGACAAGGAUUUGUGGAAGGCCCUGGAGCAGGCACAUCUGGCGGAAUUUGUGUCAGCGCAUCCAGACAAGCUGCUUCUGGAGACUGGAGACGGAGGAGCAAGCCUCAGCGUGGGACAGCGUCAGCUAGUAUCUCUCGCACGAGCACUCCUUCGACGCUCAAAAGUAUUGAUACUGGACGAAGCGACCGCACAAAUGGACAGCAACACGGACACCCUGGUGCAAGCUACACUGAGAAGCAGCUUUGCCGACUGCACAGUCAUCACCGUGGCUCACCGUAUUCACACGAUCCUGGAUUACGAUAUGGUUAUCGUGAUGGCUGAUGGCGUCGUGCAGGAGUUUGGGCCCGUGACUCAACUCUUGUCAAAUCCAAACUCGGCCUUCAGACGUAUGGCGGGGAGUGACGACAUGACGCAUUUAUAG